AAGACAGUCGACGCUCCGCGGCCGACUAUGAGUGGCAGUCCCGGAAAAACCUCACUGGCUGCGGCCACCUCCGACACCGAGUCCGGGAUCUACUCUGUUGAGAGUGAGCUGUGUGUGGACCACGAAUCCGAGCUGGACUGGUUCUGCGGCACCGAGCAGAAACUCAUCUGCUCCCACUGCGCCACCGUGGGCUCCUGCCAGGGACACACCGUGACCCCUCUGGCCACCAGAGUCACCAGAGUCAGGAACAAACUGGUGGACGUGUGUGAGAAAAUGCAGCUGCAGGCCCUGAGGAUUGAGAGGUUUAUCGAGCAGACACUGGCAGCCAAAGAGCAGAAGCUUCAGGCAGCGGCGAGCAGGGCGAGGGAGCAGGUGCUGGCUCAGGUGAGCGCGGCACGUGAAGCUCUGGAGGAGGAGGAGCAGCGUCUCUUGGAGGAGGUGCAGAGAGAGGAGGAGCGUGUGGAGCAGUGUCUCCUCACCCAGAGAGCCCACUGGGGCCAAGCGUUGACGAAUCUGACGCAAACACGCUCCCGCCUGGUGCACACGCUGACGAACACUCCCGACGCACAGCUGGUGACCAGUGUCCAGGAGAUAGCUGAAAGGGUGGAGGAGGCAGAGGGGGUCGGGGAGCCCUGUGACACAGACCAGCUCAGCCUGAACCCGUGCUGCACUGAAAGCAAGCUGCUGAGGGGUCUGUGGGCUACUGCAGUGCUGCUCGGGCCAAACGCUUAUGGAUCAUCAUGUUUAAAGUUCGAUGAGCGCACAGUCAGCCCUCUUCUCUCUCUGUCUGAGGACUUCUGCACUUUAACUUUCCUCCACAAAAAACCGCGCCAGUCUCCACCCUACGACCCAGCACGAUUUGACUCUUGGCCCAACGCCUUAGGCUCGGUGUCUAUGUCCUCUGGCACCCACAGCUGGGUGGUAGACGUGGGCCAGAGCGGCGCCUUUAAAGUCGGGGUCUGCUACGCCUCCCUGGAGCGCAAAGGUUCUGGGAACGAGGCUCGACUGGGCCACAACAGUCAGUCCUGGGUGCUGUCUCACUACGACGGAGACUACUCCUUCUGCCACGCAGGGAAGAAGGUGCCGCUACAAGUGGCGAGGAGGCCAGAGAGGGUGGGCCUGCUGCUGGACUGGCAAAGUCAGAUGCUGCUGUUUUACGAGCCACACUCCUGCGCUGUGCUGUACUCAGUCUCACAGAACUUCAGUGCCCCGCUGCUGCCAGCCUUUGCCGUGACUGACCGCAGUAUCACCAUACUGCACUGAUGGACACACACACACACACACACACACACACACACACACACACACACACACACACACACACACACACACACACAGUUAUAUAGUGCCAAAAUUGCUAAAUGAGCAUUAAAGAUGUGAAGAAACCACAGAGAGAAACAAUGUCCUCUAAUGUAGAUUUAAUUAGCAGCUUCACUGUCUGAGCAGUAAUGAGAACUCCAGACACAGCCUCAGUUUCUAUUUAUUCAGUCCUGCUGUAGACACCUUUAUUUUUUACUGCUUCUUAUUAUUUUAGGCUUAAAUGUAUUUGUGAGCUGAUCACAUUAUAAAGUAGUGUUGUUAUAGUAAUAACAGUUUUUUUUUUUUAUAAAGAAUAUUUGUGUUUUUAGUAUGAUUACAUGUUGCUAAGAAGUAUCCACAAAGAAAACAUCGCUUAUUCUGGUUGAUCCAGGACUAUUUUAAAUGUGGAAAAGAAACUCACUUCAACAAUAAUCUGAAACUGUUUUGUAUUGUCAAAAUUUUACAUGU